AUGGCCGCGGAGGAAGCGGCCGGAGCUGCGCUCCCCCGCGUGGCUCCGCUCCCCCUGUCCCGCCUGCUGCUCCUCGGCUGCUGCUGCUCGCUGCUGCCCGGCCCGGCCCUCGGUCUGCUGGGCUUCCGUCCGGAGGAGACCGGCGCGGAGCUGUCCGUGCACGACGGGGUGCUGAAAGUCACCGAGGGGACCCGCUUCAUGCUGCGGGUUUACUACUCCGCCUCCCCGCAGAGGCUCGAGCGCACCGCGGGCACGCGUGCCAACAAUGCCGCGCCCUGGAUCGCCUUCAUCGAGGAGCCAAGUCCCGGGAGAGAGGGACAGGUCCACCCCAAGAGGAACAUGUGUAUGGAUAAAAAUGCCAGGACGUCCGACAUUGAGAUCCUGGGCUCUUUCAAGUCUGCUUCCAGUCAGAACUCGGUUUUGGUCGAGCUGCUGGCCAAAGACCUGAGGAGGGGGGAGAAGAUCAAAUAUUACUCCAUGUGUGCGUUCGAUGGAUCCAAAUGGGAGCACUACAGAACCAGGGACUUCUGGGUGGCGGUGACGGAGCGCUCCUCUGCCCCGGAGCUGUGGCUCCAGGUGCUGGUCUCCAUCCUGCUGCUCGGGCUCUCAGCUCUGUUCAGCGGGCUCAACUUGAGUCUGCUGGCGCUGGACCCGGUGGAGCUGCAGGUCCUCCAAAACAGCGGCACAGACACCGAGCAGAACUACGCGCGGAAAAUUGAGUCUGUGCGUCGUCACGGUAACUACGUCCUGUGCACCUUGCUGCUGGGAACCGCCAUCAUCAACGCCUCUCUGGCCGUGUGGAUGUGCCAGAUCCUGGGCAUGACCUGGCUCUCCACGGUCAUCUGCGCCUUUGGCAUCUUCUUCAUCGGAGAGAUCCUCCCACACUCCGUGGCCUCGCGCCACAGCCUCGCCAUCGCGUCCAAGACCAUCUGGGUGACGCGGCUGCUGAUGGUGCUCUCCUUCCCCAUCUCCUACCCCAUCAGCAAGCUGCUGGAUCUCAUCCUCAACCAGGAGAUCUCCAACUUCUACACCCGAGAGAAGCUCCUGGAGAUGCUGCGCGUCACAGACCCGUACCACGACCUGGUCAAAGAGGAGCUGAACAUCAUCCAGGGUGCGCUGGAGCUGCGCACGAAGACAGUGGAGGACGUCCUGACGCCGCUGACGGACUGCUUCAUGCUGGCCUCGGACACCGUGCUGGACUUCAGCACCAUGUCUGAGAUCAUGCAGAGCGGAUACACGAGGAUCCCGGUGUUUGAGAACGAGAGGUCCAACAUCGUGGACAUCCUGUUCGUUAAGGACCUGGCCUUCGUGGACCCGGACGACUGCACCCCCCUGAAGACAAUCACCCAGUUCUACAAACACCCUCUGCACUUCGUCUUCAACGACACCAAACUGGACACCAUGCUGGAGGAGUUUAAGAAAGGAAAGUCCCACCUCGCCAUUGUGCAGCGUGUAAACAACGAGGGUGAAGGUGACCCGUUCUACGAGGUGAUGGGCAUCGUCACACUGGAAGAUGUCAUCGAGGAAAUCAUCAAGUCAGAGAUCCUGGAUGAGACAGACCUGUACACUGAUAAUCGCACAAAGCGGCGGGUUUCGCACCACGAACGGAAGCAGCAAGACUUUUCCAUCUUCAAACUGUCAGAAAAUGAGAUGAAAGUCAAGAUUUCUCCUCAGCUACUCCUGGCGACACAUCGUUUCCUCUCUACAGAGGUGGAACCCUUUAAACCUGCUCACGUCUCAGAAAAGAUCUUGCUGAGGCUGAUCAAACAUCCCAGCGUUGUUCAGGAGCUCAAGUUUGAUGAGAAGAACAAGCGAGCGCUGCAGCACUUCCUGUUCCAACGCAACAAACCAGUAGACUACUUUGUCUUAGUCCUGCAGGGUCGAGUGGAGGUGGAGUUUGGGAAGGAGGCACUGAAGUUUGAAAAUGGAGCUUUUUCCUAUUUUGGAGUACCUGCUGUCAUGCCAACUGUCCACAGGUCUCCAUCUCGCAGCAGUGGUUUGGACCGCUCAGAGUCUAUGCUGUACGGUGGGAGCAUGGGCCAGCUGAACGGAGUGGGGAACGCCUACCUGCCAGACUACACCGUCAGGCAGCUCACUCACCUGCAAGUUAUCAAGAUCACCCGAAGCCACUACCAGAACGCAUUAGCAGCCACAAGGAUGGACAGUUCGCCUCAAACUCCUGAUGCCGACACUCGUUUGACUGAAGUGAACAUCCCAACCCCAGAUCCUCCGAUCACAGAUCAUGUUACAACACUCAUGGUCCCGGAGCCCACGACUGCCACCCUCAUGCCCCCACCUAGAGAGCCCAGCUCAGUCCGGACGAGAAGCCAGCAGUCCAGUGUCCCACACAGCACCUCCCUGUUGAACGAGAAGAACCGGAUUGUCCGUGAGUACUUUUGA